AUGGAUGGUAUCAUCAGCAUAGAUGGAUGCGAGAGCAGGAAAUGUGAUUUUUAUUCAUCCUGUGAGAGUGAUGGAGCGACAGAAGGGCGUUGUGUUUGUCCACAAUCAUGUUCAGAUCCUAAGCUCAACAACGGCACAGUUUGUGGAACCGACGGAAAGACUUACGCAAACGAAUGCGAACUUCGCAUGGCAUCCUGCAAAACAAAACAAUAUAUCAUAUUGGCCUACAAAGGAAAUUGCGAUUUAUGUCAAGAAGUGGAAUGUAAAUACGGCUCUAGAUGCGAAGCAGGGGAAUGUGUAUGCCCUACAAACUGCGAAGGGUCUGGAGAUGAACCGGUAUGUGCAUCCAACAUGAUGACAUAUCCAAACGAGUGUGAGUUACAGAAAGCGAUGUGUUUACAAGCAACCAACUCUCCCCCUUUGAGUGUUGUGUUCUACGGGGACUGUCGGGAGAGGUUUCCAGUAGCUGGUUCUCUCAGCACAACACUUCCAACCAUAACAGUUCAGACUAACUCCGUAACCGGUACAGAUCUUGAAACGGCUGAACCUGACGAUUCCGUCCUUGAAGCUGGUAACACUGAGAAAGAAGCGUGCAAGGAUAUUCAUUGCGACUUUGAAGCCACGUGUGAGUUAGGUCCUGAUAAUUUUCCUCGAUGCACCUGUCAAUUUGAUUGUGCAAACGCACUUUCGUCAGCAUCGAAGCCCGUUUGUGCUUCCGAUUUAAGAAUUUACCCCUCGUUAUGUGCAAUGAAGAUGGAGGCUUGUCAGCGACAAGAAGAGUUGAGGUUGAGGCCGCUCGAUCUUUGCCAAGGUUUGGAAGUGAAACCUUGCAAAGGAGAAAAACCGCUAACUGAUGUCAUAACGGGAAGAGAGCUUGAUUGUGGCAAUGGUCCUUUCAGACAAGAUUGUCCCUCUGGAAGUUAUUGUCAUCAAACUACUAGAUUUUCAAGAUGUUGUCACAAAGACAAAAAUUUCAUUGAAAAAAAGAGUUGUGAAGACUCUUGGUAUGGUUGUUGCCCUGACGGCAAGAAUGUUGCUCAAGGACCAAAUUUCGCUGGAUGUCCUUCACUUUGUGGUUGUCAUAAACUUGGAUCGUAUUCUGAAAUGUGUGAUCCUGACACUCAGCAAUGUAAAUGUAGACCAGGAGUUGGCGGGGCCAAGUGUGAUAGGUGCGAAUCAGGAUUCUGGGGAUUACCAAAAAUUUCUUCCGGAUAUCGAGGCUGUAUACCGUGUGGUUGUUCUACCUUCGGAUCUGUUAGAGAUGAUUGCGAGCAGAUGACUGGGAGGUGUGUUUGCAGGUUAGGAGUUCAAGGACAAAAAUGUACGGUUUGCACCAAUCAUAACAAAGUUCUAGGUCCAAACGGAUGCGUUUCAGCUGCUGACUACACCACAUCCCCACCCACGACCUGCAAGGAACUGACGUGUUACUUUGGAGCAACAUGUACCGAGCGAGGAGGACUAGCCAUAUGCGAAUGUCAUACGAAAUGUCCCGAAGAUAUUGAAACUCAAGUUGUUUGUGGUAGCGAUGGUCAAACUUACAGUUCACCAUGUGAACUGCGCCAACUAGCUUGUCGCCUACAAAGAGACAUAGUCGUGCAAGCUUUCGGAACAUGUAAAGAAGAAACAAUCCGGAGCACAGAUUGGCCAUCUCGACGUUACACACCUCUGCAGUUUACACAGCCCGAUGAAUCGAAUUCACCUCUUUCAAAAUCGACGAGGCAUUUGCUAGUUCCAGAUCCCCGCUAUUAUUAUGAGAGAAGCGGGAAUAUGCGACCCAUAUCGUAUCCUGCGGACUUCGAUAGUGGUGAAUUCGCUUCAGCAUACCGUCCAACACCAGCCACAGUACGUGUAGUUACAGCUUUGUUGGGUGAUCUGUGUUCAGAUAACUCAGAUUGUUCAAUUUUAUAUAGUCAUUGUGUAAAAGGAGCUUGCACAUGUAUUGCUGAUCAUGCAGAGUCGUCAGAUCGCCAAGAAUGCAUAGCAAAAUCAGAGUCCACAGACGAAUAUCGUGCUUGUACAAGCUCCCCUUGUCACCACGCUAGCACUUGUGUCGAUCUUCCCACAGCCACGUUCACAUGCGUCUGCAACUCAAACUUUACAGGCCUACUUUGCGAAACAGAAAUGCUGCGAACGCAAUAUGAUAUCCCGGCAUUCCAUGGAACAUCGUACGUCAGACUAAAACCCCUCAAAGCAUAUCAUAAACUGAGCAUAGAAGUUGAAUUUAAGUCUUAUACGGAAAACGGAGUGUUAUUAUUCAAUCAACAGAAACUUGACGGGCUUGGAGAUUUUGUUUCCCUCGCAUUAGUUAAUGGUUUUGUUGAGUUCAAAUAUAAUUUGGGAAAUGGUGCUGUUCUUAUUCGGUCUGUGGAUAAAAUCCAGCUUGGCAACUUUCAUAGGGUGGUCCUUAAACGUUAUCACAGAGAUGGCAUUCUGAAAUUAGACGAAGCUGAGGAUGUUGCUGGGCAAGCGAUGGGAUCUUUGAAAGCUCUCGAUUUACUUGAGGAUACUUAUGUGGGGUUUGUGCCUACAAACUAUUCACGUGUAUAUGAAAACAUCGGUACAAAGAAGGGUUUCCAGGGUUGUAUCAGAAAGUUGAAGAUUGGUAGACAAGAAAUUCAACUUAAUAUGAAUCAAGACGAUUGGGUUUUGAAAACUAAAGGCAUACACAACUGCAGCCAGCACGCCUGUUCCCAAUUUCCCUGUUUGAAUAAUGGAAAGUGCAUACCCGUAGAUGACUUAUAUCGCUGUGAAUGUCCUCUUCAUCAUAGUGGAGAAAUAUGUGAAAAGCUUGAUGAUCCCUGCAGCCUCAAUCCAUGUCGAUAUGGUUCUAAAUGCAGACCACACUUGGACUCAUUUAUUUGCGAAUGCCCCAUUGGACGCUCGGGCCAUCACUGUGAAAUAGAGUAUAAAGACGUCCAAAUAGUUACUCCAGAGUUCAACGGAAGCAGUUUCAUUCAGUUUCCACGAUUGGAGGGCAUUAAGAAAACGUUUUCAAUUGAAGUUUCCUUCAUGCCGAAAGCAUCUAAUGGUCUUAUAUUGUACAACGGCCAAAUGAAAAAUGGUCGAGGUGAUUUCAUUUCGCUGAAUCUAGCCCGUGGAUACUUACAAUUCCGUUUCAACUUGGGAAGUGGAAUCGCCAAUUUAACGAGUGGAGAGCCAUUAUCUUUGAACAAAUGGCACUGGGUUCGAAUCUCCCGAAAUGGUCGUGAGGGAAAAAUGCAGGUGGAUAAUUCUUCAAUCGUAAGAGGAUUUUCUGGUACUCCACUCACUGAGUUGAAUCUUGAAACGUCAUUAUACAUUGGAUCGGUUGCGAAUUGGAAACAAAUCCAUCGACUCUCAGGCGCUUCGAAGGGCUUCAAGGGAGCUAUACAAGGAAUCCUCCUUAAUGGUAAUCCACUGCCUAUAUCAAGACUACUUCCAGACUGUGUCAUACAUGCAGCAUACAAUAAUUCCGGGUGUAGCUCUAAUAUCGGCUUCUAUGAUGGAUUACCCUGCUCUCUGUCGAAAAAUCCUUGUUCAAAUAAUGGUCUUUGUGUGCCUGAUCUGGGGGAUUUCAGUUGCAAGUGUCCAUCAAACUUCAAAGGGAAAUAUUGUGAAACAGUGAAGGAAGAAAGCCUCGCUCUGAAAUUGAAUGGCAUAACUUUCCUCCAGUACCGCAAUAAGGGCUACAGAAGCGAUAAUAUCACAUACGAUUUCGAAUAUGGUGAAGAGACACGUAACGCAACAUCAGGAGAAGAAAUUAAUGAAAACAAUUAUUUGUAUGAUGAAAAUAACUUUGACUUUGACCUGGAAGAUAUGGAAACGUUAAGGAAGCCUGAAAGAGGAAACAGGUAUGAACUUCUAAUACGCACAUUCAUGCCAGACGGGCUAUUAUUGUGGAGAAGUAGAAAUAGAAAUCAUGUUCAAGACUAUCUUUCUAUAGCAAUCGUUGAUGGUUAUCCGGAACUCAGCUUCAACUUAGGACAUCGCAGUUCAUUUUGGGCAGUGCGGUCAAAAAGAAGAGUAGAUGAUGGGCGUUGGCACACAAUUCAUGUAAGAAGAAGGAAACGUGUUGGUUUCAUUUCAGUUGAUGGAGAACCUGAUGUGAAGGGAAUUUCCAAAAAUGGUGCUAUUUCACUACGCACCAAUUCCAAACUUUGGAUAGGUGGUUCAUCUGCUCUACCUCCAGGGCUUCCUAGUUCAUAUUACAAAGGUUUCGAGGGAUGUAUCCAGAAAAUUUCAGUACAUACGAAAUUAUUGGACUUGUUAGCCAACAACGAUAUAAGUAAAAUCCACUUUUGUCACGAUAAUGAAAUUUAACAUUCAAAUCAUAUUUUAUUCUUGAGAAAAUCUUCGCAAAACUAGAGAUUUGGAACUGUGAGACUGAUAUUGUACUCCUGACUUCUCCACAUUGAGAAAUAUCCCAAAUGUUUGAGAUGUUAUUCAGAUGUAUAUAGAUGUAAUGUCACAAUGAAUAUUGUGAAAAUCAUGUUUGAAGUUAUUUAGAGCUCUUUUACGCCCACGAAAUAGACCAUGAAAUUAAUGAUAAUAGUAAUUUUGAUCCUUUGUAAUAAAUACAUUAGGUAAUAUUUGUGAAUACAGGGUAUUGGUGUUUUCAGAUUAUCAUUAUCAUUUUUCCGUUAUUGACAAAUCAUAGGUUUCAUUAUUCGAAUUGUGAUAGUGAGUUGAGUUCGAAUAGGUGUAUGUUAUACAUAUAUUUAUAGUGAAAUAAUGUAGAUCACGGAAACGUAAUAAAUGUUGUCAUUGUAGGAAAUUAAUUUCGUCAAGUAGACGAAAAUGUAAUUGUUAGGAGUUUAUUCAAAGUAUUUUUUGGUCUAUUUCGAACAAGUGUUGAAGAAAACAAUAAAUAGAAAGUAUUAAAUAAUUUUAAUGUUAAUAUCUAGUCUUCACGUAUUUUCUUUACAGCUAUUUUUACUGAUAGCAAUUUAAAGAUGAGUGCCAUAUCUUUUCAGUAAGUUUCAGAGUUGGCCUAACUCAGAAUCGAAUCUCUCGAUAGAAUAGUUAUUUUCCAUAUUAUCUUUAGCCCCUAUAAUAAUCUACACUAUUUUUUGGGGUGUGCUCCUCUCGAAUUUCUAAUAAACAGUUCAGUAGAUAAUUCCUGGAGCGGUUGAAUUCAAUUAAAUCUGCAAAUCAAUUCUCCAGAAAUAUUGAAAAACUUCCUUUUCUUCUCCAUAUUCUUCUGAGGAUAAUAUUUAUAAUCUAAUAACAAUACUUAUACACUCAUAUAAAUAAGUAACAUAUUUUUUCAAUGAGACUAACCCCAAUACUCAUAUCGCAAUAAUACCCACGCAAGAGUAAAUGAUUUCUCUGUGCGUGUUAAAGAAAUAAGUUCAAUAACUGAGGUUCAUAUUUGAAACAGAGGAGUGGUGAAAUCAAAUACCAAAUUCUUCAUUAGAUACGUUUACUUGAAAGUUAACGAAAUAUUGAAUAUUGUUGAAUAUUUGCUUGAACUUUAGUUAAUUGAAAUCAAAAAAUGAUAGAUCCCGCAUUGAAGUGUAGUUAAUUGAAAAUGCGAACUAUCAUUGAUUUUUUGAUGUGAUGACAAUGAAAUCAAGUUAUAGUUCAUUUAGGCAUUUUAUCGACUGAGAUCUCAUUUUUUCAUGUAAAUGUUUCCAUCAUUUUCCGAAGGAUUCAUUCAUGUUCUAUAAUAAUGCCAAAUUGUCUUGCAGAUAAUGACUAGUAAUGUAGAUGCAUAACUCAAAAUUAAGUUCUAAGUGGAUAAGCAUAUCGGUCAUAGUUAUCAUUGCCACAGAACAUAUCUUGCCAGUAGAUGAAUCAUUUUUCAAUGAACAACUUCUACAUAUUUCACUAAACUGGUAUUCAAUCUGCUGAUUUUUCAAUGUAAAUAAGAGAAUACCAUAUCGACUGUUAUUGCCUGUAUGUAAAAAUAGUUUUUUGUUUGAAUAAAGCAGAGAAUUGCUUUUCAAUUUAUAGUUAGUGAAUUACAUAAAGAGGUAAACAAAGUCCAUUCACCAUUCAGACUACCGACCUCGUAAGAAAAUGAUUUGUGUCGAUUCAUUUUAUAUGAGGAGAAGUUUUCUAUGGCCAUUCGAAUUGAAAUCUGGAAAAGUUCUUAGAAGCAUUUGCCACAGAGAAACUGAGAUAAUAUCAAAAAUAUUCAAACAUACCUUAGUUGAGCAUUGAAUAGUCGAAAAUGAAUACUAUAAGUAAAGCACGUAUCGAUCAAAAAUUAGAAAUAUGGUAACAAUCCAUCAUGAGGCAAUUGGCAAUACCGCACAGCAAUCAUCACGAAUGGCGUGUAUUUUAGAUAAUUUGACAGUUUUUGACUAAUAUGGUUUUAUCAACUUUUUAUAUCGGAUAUCUUACAGUAAAUUUCAUUUGUGAGUUUUACUAUGGAUCUUUAGCAUUCCCAUUCAAUUUUCAAAUCAUAAAAGGUUGAUAGAGGUAGUUUCUGAAACGUUUAUGAUAAUAAUCAAUUAGGUGGAGAUAUGAUCCUUUCCUGGAACAUGAAAUAUACCUGAAUAGUUUGAUUUCUAUUACAGAUUUUCAGCUCUGAAAUUUGCAAAUGAAGAGGCUUCACAUACCAAUUAUAUCACUAUUCAGUAUUUCAGCAUAUUUAUCCUCUAUCGGUAAUUCUCAAAUAGGUAGGAUCUCUCAAUUAUAUCUUCCUAAAUUUUCAAUAUUUUUCAUCACGAUCUGUUCUCAGUUAGACUACAUCUUCGAAAAAGUACUUGGGCAAAACAAUUUUUGACAUACAUUUUUCAUAAGGUUUCGAAAGUAGUCGAAAAAGCGCCAAAACUUCGUGACCCAUACAUGUUUCUACCCUUCAACAAAACAUUUCUUUCGUUGAAGGACAGUUCAAUUUUUCAUAAUUCAAUAAGAUUCGCGAGGAAUAAAAAAAAAUUCUUUCGAAUGUUCAAUUCGAAAAAAGUAUAUGAACAUGAUUCUGUCAGAAUAUCUUCAGUUUGUUUCGAAAUGUAUCGAUUGCAGAGAUAUGAGUAGGUAGGUACACGGCCAUUUUUGAUGAAUUACUGGAAGAAUACAACAUAUAUCGAGAUGACAGAUACACACAUUCAGUGAUCAUUAAUGUCAAUCAAUUGUAAUCAAGUAAACGCAAAAGCCAAUGUAUGCAAUUUUUUAAACUUUUUUAUGGGAUAAAUAAAGAAGUUGCAAAAUCGUAAACAAAAUUACAGCAUAUAGGGUACAGUUAACGGUCAAAUUCCGACAAAUUCACAUCAAUUCACAUCAAAAAUUAACAUUUGUAGACAAUCUUGUCUUCAGUAUUAUGGAUUUUAUGAUUUUUUUCAUUUUGAAACAAUUGGAUACUAAUUCAAAGCAACUGAUGGAUCUUUCAAAAAUCGAUGUUUUUUGGCCAUAACUUUUCAUCCCGACUAGAUUUAAUUUUUCUCACUACAUAUACUUACAUAAAACUAUGCUAUAUUCACGAUGUCCUCAUGAGGAUUAGGCAAAGAUCAUUCCGAAGAGGAAAGUGCUUCCGGAAUCUUUUUUUAUGUAGCAUCCUAACUAUCGAGAUGAGCUAGGAAGCUAGGAUAUAUUUACAAUUCGAUCUCUUUUAGUUGAAAAUAAAUAAGUUGUUCAUUGGAAACUGAAAUAAUUCAAAAAAUCUCUUCGCUUCUGAUAAUAUAGGAUGUUUGAAAUAUGAGAUACUAAAACUUAUAAUUACACUGACAAUUGUUUGAAAUUUUGAAUAUGACUGUACAUAAGCUUGAAUAGUUCAAACUGGUUAUAGAUUAUGUUGAAUCUUAGAACACAAUUUAAAAUUUAGUGUAAGUAGUUGAAUUAUUGAAAGAUUGUUUUUACUAGAUCAUUUUAUUUUCAUUAUGAA